AUGAUGAAGCCUCAACACGACGCUACCUUCUCACGCAUGAACAAAAUCGAUGGCUGGGGAUCUUUGGAGGCCGAGGGAAAAAUAUUCAUAACGAUAGAGCCUCAACACGACGCUACCUUCUCACGCAUGAACAAAAUCAAUGACUGGGGAUCUUUGGAGGCCGAGGGAAAAAUAUUAAUAAUGAUGAAGCCUGAACACGACGCUUCCCCCUCAAUCGCCCCCAAAAUCGAUGACUGGGGAUCUUUGGAGGCCGAGGGAAAAAUAUUAAUAAUGAUGAAGCCUGAACACGACGCUACCUUCUCACGCAUGAACAAAAUCGAUGGCUGGGGAUCUUUGGAGGCCGAGGGAAAAAUAUUAAUAAUGAUGAAGCCUCAACACGACGCUACCUUCUCAAUCGCAUGA